AAGCGGCCUGCUGCUCUUUUAUUCUUCCGAGGCUGGGCACGGUGUUGAGCUCAACAGCUGAUCAGCUCUGGAACGUCCCAGCAGCGUGCCGGGGGGCCCCGAUGUUUAUUUAGCGGGCUGCUGGCUGGGCGAGGGGCCUCCUGGAGCGGGCUUUGCGCGCGCUCGCCCGCAGACGAGCCAUGUACCGGCGCAGCUACGUCUUCCAGACGCGCAAGGAGCAGUACCAGCGCGCCGAGGCGGCGUCGCGCGCCGCCGAGCCGGACAGCCUGGCCGAGGGCCGGGCCGCCGCGCCGAGCCUGGUGGCGCUGCAGGGGCUCGGCGAGCGCGUGGCCGCCCACGUCCAGCGGGCCCGCGUGCUCGAGCAGCGCCACGCCGUCCUCCGGCGGCAGCUGGAUGCCUUCCAGCGGCUGGACGAGCUGGCCGGCCCGGAGGACGCCCUCGCCCGCCACGUCGAGAGCAACCGCCAGCGCGCCCGGGACCUGGCGGCCGAGCGCGCCCGGCUGGAGCGCCAGGGUGCAGAGGCGCAGCGCGCGCUCGACGAGUUCCGGAGCAAGUAUGAAAAUGAAUGUGAAUGUCAACUGCUGCUGAAAGAAAUGCUCGAACGGCUUAACAAGGAAGCCGAUGAAGCCUUACUGCAUAACCUGCACCUUCAGAUCGAAGCCCAGUUUCUGCAGGAUGAUAUCAGUGCGGCAAAGGACAGGUACAAAAAGAAUCUUCUGGAAAUUCAGACCUAUGUCAGCAUCCUGCAGCAGAUUGUCCAGACCACUCCCCACGUAUCCGCCAUUACGAGUGGGAUGAGGGAGGAGAAGCUCUUGACAGAACGGGAGGCCGCCGCCCUGCAGAGUCAGCUGGAAGAGGGCCGGGAGAUGGUCUCCUUCCUCCAGGCACAGAGAGCCGAGCUGCAGGCCCAGACGGUGACCCUGGAACAAGCUAUUAAAGACGCCCACGAGUGUUAUGAUGGUGAGAUUCAGCUCUAUAAUGAGCAGAUCGAAACCCUGCGGAAUGAGAUUGAAGAGACCGAGAGGAGCCUGGAGAAGUCCUCCUAUGACUGCCGGCAGCUGGUGGUCGCCCAGCAGACCCUGAAGAACGAGCUGGACCGGUAUCAUCGGAUCAUUGAGAAUGAAGGCAGCAGGCUGAGCUCCGCCUUCGUUGAAACUCCCAUCACUCUGUUCACCCUCAGUCAUGGAGUCUCUGUCAGCCCUCGACCCAGCGGGAAAGAUCUCACCAGGGCUGUGCAGGACAUAACAACAGCAAAACCAAGACAAAAAGGCCUCCCCAGGAACAUUCCAAGGAAAAAGGAGAUUGUAGUGAAAGACAAAGCAGAUGAAAGUCUGGAAGAUGCUCCACCGAGAGGUCCGGAAGACACAAAGCUGGUGCAGGUGGUACUUAAAGAAGAAGGUGGGUCUAAGCUUGAAUCAGGGGGUGAAGAAGCAAGUCCCCCAAUCCCAGAAGGGGCAAGUCCCUCGACCCCAGAAGGGGCAAGUCCCCUGACCCCAGAAGGGGCAAGUCCCCCGACCCCAGAAGGGGCAAGUCCCCCGACCCCAGAAGGGGCUUCAGAGGACGUGCCAGAUGGAGGGCAGAUAAGCAAAGCCUUUGGGAAACUAUGCAAGAUGGUCAAGGAGAGAGUGAGAAGCCCCCAGGAACCGGAGCCCCCCGCUGACCUCUGCAUCAAAGAGCAGCACGUGCUGGUCUCUGGGGACGCCAGUUACAUGAACCCUGAGUUCUCUUCCCUCUCCACUCCGGCCAGAGGGAGCGUGGUGGUUUCCACUGAGGAUGACUCUGUGUGUGGUGACAGCCACGUGGAGCCCUCUCCUGAGCAGCCCAAGCCCCCUCUGGAGAAUGGGCAGGGGGACUCCCAGGGGGGAGAAGAUGGACAGCCACCCAACCAGCAUACUGCAGACAAGGAGGGUGAGGUAAAUGCUGAAGAACGGAAAGAGCCUGAGGAGAAGCAGGAUGGCCAGGAGGAGGAUGAGGGAUCCAGGAGGCCCUGCCCCGUGGUCACGCCUGGUCCAGAGGCACCGUCCACACCCCCAUCCCAAAGGCCUGGGGUCAGUGAGGGUGGACCAGAGGGGCGUGGAGCUAGGAGCAGCAGCCUGCUGGAGAGAGGCCCCCCCAGGACUCUGGCGUAUGAGAAGGUGGAAGUGGUGGAAUCCAUCGAGCAGUUUUCAACUGAGAGCAUUCAGACGUAUGAAGAAACUGCUAUCAUUGUGGAGACUGUGACUGGAAAGACAAAAGCAAAGAAGAAAUUGGGAGAGACGGGCUCUUAAAUGCCUGGGCUCAAUGGGAGGAAAUGUCCCUGGGGCCACCUUAUGGAAGUGCUUUGACAUUGUAGAACAAAUGAUAAAGAGUGACGGUUCCGGUUUGGAUUAGACCUAGGUGGCCCGUCUGCAUUGCCAAUGAAGCCUUAAUUAAAGAGUUUUCUUUGCUUGCAAAUCCUUUGUCUAAUUAACAGGGGCCUUGGGAAUGUAAGUGGGUCAGCCACAUUCAGGACGGGGUUUGCUGUUAAGCAGCAGCCAAACCAUGGUCCUUUAGGAAGGAGACAUGCCCUUCAUCAUGGUUCAUUGAGAGACUCCUUAGACACUCCGAGAGUCUGGAUUUCACACAGAAUGCUCGUUGAUGGCCUUGGCUCGUUUUCAUCCAUUUCAAGCCCAAGCGCACGUUCAUGUGGAGGAGCGUUUUGUUAGAGGCCAAGUGACUAAAGCUAGCUGACUUAGUUUGGGUUCACCCAGAGGCUGAUCCUGACGCAAGGAUUUGAACGUAGUUUCCUGGGCGUGUGAUCCCAGGAAGCGCCAGUAGGGGGGUAGAGAGGGCGUCGAGGACGGCAAGGCAGCCAGUAGGAGGUGUGCUACCGGACCCCUUAGCACUGUGGGCAGCUGGGGCUCAGUCCCCCUGGGGACUCUGGCAGACAGAGUAGAACACUGCCUAAGACAUGCCUCCGAGUUGUCCCCACCGAGGGGUGAGGAGGCUGGGGUCUUCAUCCACCGACUCCUGUAGCCAGUGGGGAGGGCUGUGCAGGGUGUUAACUUCGGGGGCUGAGAGAGCCCUCAGGCGGAGAAGUACAGGUGCUGGUAUUUGGACAUCGGGCAUGGAAAGACCUGGAAAUGGUGAGGGUCAUGGGGAUACAAGCAGGGCACCAGUGCCGUAUGCCACAGCGUGUGUACCGAAUGUCCUUUCAUCACGUUCACACUCCAAGACUGCAAUCCUAGUCAGGUUUGAGAGAGCAAAGUCAGAUCUCACCGCAUGCGUUCCUCAUUUAGAAGAUAGCUGCUUAAUUAGUCCAGCAAGCAUUUAUGGAGCGUAUACUACGUGGCAGACAAUGUGCUGUGCUGAUUCGGGGAGAUUUUUCAGGUUUAUUAAUGAUCAAUUACUGUAAUGUAGUACGCUGUAGUAUACGUGUGUGCUUGCUCUCCUGUGCUCACGUGCACACACAUGGACGCGUGCACACACGUACUUUCUGUGUCACAUUCUAGGUAAUAGAAAUUCAAACCACUUUACAAAAAUUUUUAUGUUGCUUCUAGGCAUCUAUUUUUCUAAAAUAAUUUUCCCAAAAUAAUUUUUUACUUAUGCCAAUUAAGAAAUCACUCCUUUGCCAUGCAGAUGCUCCAGAGUACAUUAAGGGCAGUGAGUAAAUGUGCCCGAGUGGAUUACUGCAUCUACCCAAACAAAAGCGUCUGGCAAGACAGCCACACGUUAUUAGAGAAAAUGGACAGAGGCAUAAAUUACGUUCUGUUUAUUUCUUUGUGAGGAAUAAAAGAAUACUAAAUGGAGUCACCUUUCCUU